GCACCAGUCCUCUYCGAUCGAAAGAAGGACGGCGCCCUCCGCCUCUGUCUCGAUUACCGCGGCCUCAACCAGUAUACGGUCAGAAACASUUAUCCCAUGCCCCGCGCAGAUGACCUGUUCGACCGCCUCGCUGGCCACCACUUUUUCACGAAGAUUGAUCUUCGCAGCGGAUACCACCAGAUCCGCGUGGCCAAGGAGGACCAGCACAAGACCGCGUUUCGCUCUCGAUUUGGACACUACGAGUUCACUGUCAUGCCGUUCGGCCUAUCACCAGAUCCGCGUGGCCAAGGAGGACCAGCACAAGACCGCGUUUCGCUCUCGAUUUGGACACUACGAGUUCACUGUCAUGCCGUUCGGCCUCCGUAACGGUCCUGCCACCUUCCAAAUGGCUAUGAACACGAUGUUCCAGGACCUUCUCGAGGACUUUGUUCUAGUUUACAUUGAUGAUAUCCUGAUCUACAAUCGUACCUUGGAGCAUAUGACCCACCUCCGCACUGUCCUCCAGCGAUUACGCGACCACGGAUUAUAUGCGAAGCUCUCCAAAUGCACCUUCGCUCAAUCCAAGGUCGACUUUCUAGGACAUCAGGUCUCCGAGCAUGGACUCCACAUGGACGACUCGAAGAUCCACGCUAUCGUCGAUUGGCCUACACCUACUUCUCUUCCUGCGCUACGUAGUUUCUUGGGGUUGACCAACUACUAUGGUCAUUUUCUUAAAAACUACGCGCAGUACUCUUCACAGCUGACUCCUCUGACCCGCGGACGUCUACCCUUCCAUUGGACCCCGGUUCAUGAGGAUGCCUUUCGCUCUCUGAAGCGACUUGUCACGUCAGCCCCUAUCCUACACCUACCCGACUACUCCCGCCCAUUCAUCGUCACCACCGACGCGUCCGACUUUGCCAUAGGAGUUGUCCUCUCCCAGAUUUACCCAGCCCCUUCUACUUCUCCCGACCCCACAGAGUCUCGUCUCCCUCGCAUUCCUCGCUUUCCCCCCCCACCCCCAGCGACUGCGGCUCGACUUGCACCUAUCGAGCCCACCCCCUCAGGGGUUCCACCUCCCUACACCCCUGACGUCGCUGAUGACGACACAGUCGAGUCUCGCGAUGGAGAGUGCCCGAUUGCUUAUCUAUCUCGACAGCUACUUCCUGCUGAGCGUAACUACACUGCUGAGGAGCGUGAGGUCCUGGUUUACGCUGUUAAGAAGUGGCGUCAUCACUUACACGGUCACACAUUCACCGUCCUGACGGACAACUCUGUCCUCGCCGCUUUCCAGACGAAGCCGAAGCUUACCCCUCGCCAAGCUCGUUGGUGGCGUGAUCUCACAGAGUUCGACUUUACCAUCAAGAAGAUUACUGGGGAAAGCAAUCGCGUAGCUGAUGCCUUAUCUCGCCGCCCCGAUCUUCAGUGCGAUGAUCGCCAGCUCUCUGCCAUUUCAUUCCCCGUCAUCCACCCCGCUUUCCUAGAUGAGUAUCAGUCGGCAUACCCCCAGUGCUCCGAGUUUCAGCCCAUCUACGCUGACUUACAGGCCGGCAAGACUGUCCCUAACUUCCAGCUCGACCCCUCUGGACUCCUAUAUUGGCUUGGUCGCCAAGGUAACCGUACUCCCCGCUUAUGUGUCCCAUCUCUCGGCCAGCUCCGUGUUCGAGCUGUCGCUGAGUGUCACGAUCAGCGUGCUGCCAGUCAUCUCGGUAUCCUCAAGACCCUUGACCGACUCUACCGCCAUUACUACUAGGAGCACCGCCGUCCUUUCACGACAGAGUACGUUCGCACCUGCAGGA